CUUCCAGCAGCAGCGGCACAUACCUGCUUCUGACACUUCUGUGAUCACCAGAAAGCUCCCAGGCCUGACAUCAUGGUGCAUUUUACUUCGGAGGAAAAGAGCAUCAUCAGUGCCCUGUGGGGCAAGGCGAAUGUGGAGGAGAUGGGAGGGGAGACCUUGGGCAGGCUCCUUGUUGUCUAUCCCUGGACUCAGAGGUUCUUCGACAGCUUUGGGAAUUUGUCUUCUCCCUCUGCCAUCAUGGGCAACCCCAAGGUCAAGGCCCAUGGCAAGAAGGUGCUGACCUCCUUUGGAGAAGCCAUUAAGAACCUGGACAACCUCAAAGGCACCUUUGCUAAGCUGAGUGAGCUGCACUGUGACAAACUGCACGUGGAUCCUGAGAACUUCAGGCUCCUGGGUAACGUGCUUGUGAUUGUUCUGGCUACUCACUUUGGCAAGGAAUUCACCCCUGACGUGCAGGCUGCCUGGCAGAAACUGGUGUCUGGUGUUGCCAUUGCUCUGGCCCACAAGUACCACUGAGCCCUCUUUCCAGUCCACCAAUGUUCCUGUGUGCCCCAUACGCUUCCUCUGCACAUAGGGACCCAGCUCGGCUUUGAGAGUAUAGCUUCCAUUCAAUAAAAACAUUCUUU